CACCGUCCAGCCAACAGACGAACGGGCAGUCAGACAAGCGCAGACAUUCAAUGUAAACUCCUUAUUUUUAUUUUGAACACAACUUUUUUAGGAGGGGAGAUUAUUUCAACGCGUUUUGGCUAAAGCUAUACUGGCAAUAUGAGAGUGAGUGAAGUCCACGCUGCAGAGUCUGUUGCCUACCUCAAAAGAUCCCUGAUAAGGCUGCAGGAUAUUUGGGAAGAAAUCGGAAUUUCAGAGGAGCAGCGACUACAGAGAACCAAUGAUUUUCACAACUACAUUAAAAGUUUCCUGGACCUCAUGAUUGUUGAAGAGGAGGACCUCAAAAAGAGACUGCUGAAGAGCAUCGAGUCCUGUGUGAAGGAACUUAAUAAUUUGUGCAGUGAACUUCAGCUGCCGCACUUCGAGGAGGAGGAUGGCUGCACCAUGUUGCUGAUGGAGAAGAAUAGCCGCACCCGUCUAGAGAUGAUGAGAGAGCAAAAGAGGAAGAGAAUGGAAGAGCUUAAAGGUCUAAUUAGCAAAGACCGUGAGCUGUGUGAUAUUAUGUGCACUACCCCAUUUUGCAUUGACCAGGACUCCACCCCAUCACUGAAGCAACUGGAGUCAUAUAAUGCCUACAUGGACGAUCUGACAAAGGAAAAGGAGCGUCGCCACGAUGAAUUUGUAAGUGUCAAAAAGGAGAUCAGUACAUGCAUGGAUGAUUUGGAGCGGCAACCAGACACCAGUUUUGAGAUGGAUGUGAUGUGUGAAGAUGAGGAGGCAUUUUGUCUGUCCAAUGACAACAUUGCUGCUCUUAAACUACUCCUCAGUCAGUUACAAGAACAAAAGGUUGAGAAUGAGCUCCGCUGCUCAGCUCUCCGCACUAAGAUCCAGGAGCUGUGGGAAAGACUUCAAAUUCCCCAAGAAGAGAGAGAAGCCCUUUCAGAGCACAUGAUGAAGUCAAAGAAGAGAAACCUUGAGGCGCUCAAGAUGGAGGUCCUGCGUCUAGAGGUGCUGAAAAUGCAGAGUAUGCAAAGUGUUAUUGAGGCCAUCAGAGCUGAGAUUCCCCCUCUCUGGGAGAGAUGCUUCUACAGCCAAGAACAGCAGCAAUCAUUUUUUCCUUAUCAUGCGGACAAUUUCACCGAAGAGCUUCUCGAGUUGCACGAGGCGGAGGUCAGGACACUGAAGAAGUACUACGAAGACCACAGAGAACUCUUUGAGGGAGUCACUAAAUGGCAGGAGAACUGGACUCUGUACAUGGAACUUGAUAAAAAAGCUAAUGACCCUGCAAGGUUCAACAACAGAGGGGGCAACCUUCUGAAAGAAGAGAAGCAGAGAACUGACCUGCAGAAGAGUUUACCUAAGCUGGAAAAGAUUCUGAAAGCUCAAGUGGAUGCUUGGGAGCAGGAAAAUGGCAAAGAAUUUCAGGUCAAUGGACAGAAAUUUCUGGAAUAUGUGAAGCAACAGUGGGAUCACCAUCAGGCUGAAAAGGAGAAAGAGAAACUGGAGAGGCAACAAAAGAAAACUAAACAGACACAGGAGGACAUGUUGUAUGGAACUGCAAGAACACCAUCCAAAAGGAGGAUAGCAGGCACAACCACUCCUGGAAAAGUGAGAAAGCUCAACGGCAUGUCGACCCUCUCCACUCCAAACAGCUUUCUUAGUUCAGGCCUCGGUGGAACCAUGUGCCAGUCCUCCAUCCAGAAACCCCCUCUGUCUGCCAGCAAGGGUCUUGGCCUGCGAACCCCUGGGCAGGGAAGGACUCCUCGUGUACUAGACCGAAACAAGGAAAAUCUCUCCCAUCUCAAUAAGAACACCCCAAGUGGCACACUAAGGUCUCAGGAUACUCAAGAUCACACCAUCACCUUUAACUCUAUUGCUGGCUCCUAUUCGGAAUUUGCGAGAGACCUCUCGAAAGCUUCUAAAUCGACCGUGAAGACAGGUAUUCUGAACUCCACUGUCAGUCAUCAGUGAUGGAUCAAAGCUACCCCAGAGCCUUGCAACAGUUUGGUGUGGUUUUUAUAUAGAGGACAAGGGGGGUGGGAGUGAACCUUAAUGUAAACUUCUUACAUAACCUGUAAAUAUUUACAUCUGUGUAACCAUCUUUGGUCUUUCAACUGAAGCCGUUUAUAAUGUUUGUAUGGGUAUGCAAGUUAAUGAUGUUUGUACCACAGCGGUUGUGGCUUUUUAUUUGACUUUUUAGGGGGGUGGGAUACAGCCUUUUAACUCAAACAUGACUAUACCUAGAGCACUACAUUGUGUUAGCACUGUAGCAGAUAUUCAGUGCACAAUGAUUUUCUUUCUCCAGCUGGAAUGACAGCUCUUCACAAGUGAAAUAUUUUCAGUGCUUUUUGUAAUAAGCUGUAAAUAAAUGCUUUUAAAAAGGUUAAUCCUUUCAACCUUUUCCUCAUGAAA